AUGGAGGUUUGGGCUUCAAGAUAUACAUAUUACACUUUGCACAAACAUGAAUCGCUGCAAAUUACACCAGAUCAGUAUGAUAUCGUCGGGAAAUACCUAGUCGAGGCGAUACAAGAAGUUUUAGGAGACAACUGCACACCAAGCAUUCAAGACGUUUGGACUGCUGCUUAUGACCAACUUGCUGGGAUCAUGAUUCAGAAAGAGAGCUCGCUUUCUGAUCAGGAUAAGGAAUGGAAGGACUGGGGAGACUUUCAUAUCGUCAAGAUCUCGCGCGAAUCCGAUGAGAUCUCCUCAUUUCAUCUUUCUCCUGUUGACGGCAAACCCAUUCCAACUUUUGUACCCGGCCAGUACGUCUCGGUGCGUGUCUAUGUACCAAACCUAGGCUACAUGCAGGCACGGCAAUACUCAAUGAGUGAUGUUACCUCAUCUCAGUAUUACCGGAAUCAGUGUAAGCAAGAACAGGGUCAGCAAUUCACGCCUGGUAUACUUUCAAAUGUUCUUCACGCACUUAAGGAACCUGGUCAAAUCGUAAAAGUUUCUCAUACUUAA